AUGUAUAAAUUAAGUGUGUUUUAUCUAUUGUUCUUGGCAGCUGUGCUGCAAAUAACCCUUGCAUUAAAGGAAGGUGAAUGUGAGGUUUGUGUGAAGACCGUUGAAAAAUUUGCAGCUACUUUAUCUGAUGAUGUUAAGAAAGAUCCAAAAUUAAUUGAGGCCAAGUUUAAAAAGUUUUGUAAAGGUACGAAGAACAAAGAGAACAGGUUUUGUUACUAUUUAGGAGGCUUAGAAGAAUCAGCCACCGGUAUUUUAGGAGAAUUGUCCAAACCUCUUAGCUGGUCUAUGCCUGCGGACAAAAUUUGUGAAAAGUUGAGAAAAAAAGAUGCUCAAAUCUGUGACCUGCGAUUUGAUAAGCAAAUCGAUUUAAACAAUGUUGAUUUAAAGAAAUUAAAAGUUCGUGACCUCAAAAAAAUCUUAAAUGAUUGGGAUGAAGUUUGCGAUGGUUGUAUAGAAAAGACAGACUUUAUUAAAAGAAUAGAGGAAUUAAAACCCAAAUACAUGGGUAGAUCUGAUCUGUAA